CACGCGUCCAUACAAACGACCGGUGAACCGCGGUAACAACGUAACAGGUGCGCUGUGCUAAAAAAAACACCCAACAAAAAGGCCCAAACUGAGAUUCGUUCGUGAACCAUUUCAAAUGUCAAGUGUAAAAAACCAAAUGUAAUUAGCAUCAAUGUGAAUCAAGUGUAAUUUGUAAUUAUGACGUGAACACAAAUCGUUAACAAAAUGUACCGACCGAAUUUCUACGAGAGCACCUGCUUUAGGUGCAAUGAAAUCGUGUAUCAAGUGGACAGAGUGGGACCUUUGAAGGACUUCACCUUCUUUCAUAGUGGAUGUUUCAAGUGUGCCGUGUGCGGAACCAAACUAACCUUGAAGACCUAUUACAAUAACCAGCAUUGGACGGAAGACAAAGAAGUAUACUGCUCUAGCCACGUACCAAAGAUCGGUCCGGGCCACUUGGACAACUCAUCAGUGGGCAUCAGAAGCGCUCUCAACGUGCCCAAAAGCAAUAACUACGUCAACGAACAGAUCAGAGGAUACAUCAGGAACAGCCAUGAGCCAGAACUGUCUCCGAUCCGGGCGACGAACGGUGGAAGCGUCCACGCGUCUCCAGCAAGGGAGCUAUCGCGUGAUACCCCUGACUACCAGUACGGGAGAUUCGACGCCAGCGCCCUCCACAUAGCACACGCCUUAAAGCAAACAGAGCUCCAGAAAGCCUACCAUCGGCCGAGAGAAAAACCUAUAGACUGCUACUUGGAUCGAGAUGAGCAAACCAAACUAGAAAUGAAACACCGGCAAGAAGAAGACGAUUUGUACAGGAAAUUUUCGAAACAUAGAGAAGAAGAAAAUAGAAGAAUACGUGAAGAAAUACAGGACGAAUGGGAGCGCGAAUUAGAAAGGUUAACCAGCCGAUUUCAACAAGAAAUGCAGGUGAAAAAGAGAAGACCAGACGCUGAGAUCGGUGCUCUAACCCUACGGCAUCAACAGGAACGGGCAGACCUGGAGAAGAACAUGACACUUCGUAGGGAUAAGAAGAAAGAAAGCUUGACCAGGAAAAUGUUGGAGCACGAAAGGGCGGCAACAGCAGCUCUAGUCGAGAAGCAAAGUCACGAGAUGAUGGAGCUGAUCCAGGAACGUCGUUCGGAGUACAUGGCGGCAUCUUCACUGUACGUGGAUGGGGAGGAAGCUCCUCCGUACCCAGCCCGAGCCCCGCCUCCCCAACCACCGCUAGUGUCGAAGUUUCACAUCUACACUGACCCAGCAGAAUUCUCCGAAGUCGAUAAAAUUGCUAUUUCGGUAGCACAAGAAGACCAAAAAACCUUCACGGAUUUAGUUCGGCAACUCGUCGGCAGAUGUGCAAGUGACGUAGAGAAGGCGAGGACUAUCUUCCGGUGGAUUACUGUGAAGAAUCUGAACAAUAUUCAAUUUGACGACAACCUUAGAGGGGAUUCCCCAUUAGGGUUGCUGAGGGGAAUCAAACAUGGUACAGAAAGUUACCACGUCUUAUUCAAAAGAUUGUGUAGUUACGCAGGUCUUCAUUGCGUGGUCAUAAAGGGGUACAGCAAGUCGGCCGGUUACCAACCAGGAGUGCGCUUCGAAGACAACAGAUUCCGUAACUCUUGGAACGCCGUGUACGUGGCGGGAGCGUGGCGCUUCGUGCAGUGUAACUGGGGCGCCAGACAUUUGGUCAACGCUAAGGACGCUCCAAAGCCCGGGAACAGAGGAAAAAGUGAUAGUUUGAGAUACGAAUACGACGACCAUUACUUCCUGACGGACCCUAGGGAGUUCAUCUACGAGUUUUUCCCUCUUCAGCCGGACUGGCAGUUGCUGAAGACGCCCAUCACUCUGCACGACUUCGAGGAGUUGCCGUUCGUGCGAUCCCUCUUCUUCAGAUACGGACUAUACUUCAGCGAUCCUAACACCAAGGCGGUCAUGUACACUGACUCGACUGGUGCGGCGACUAUGCGCAUAGCCAUGCCUGCACACAUGCAGAGCUCGCUGAUCUUCCACUACAACCUCAAGUUCUAUGAUACGGAGGGAGAUGGUUUUGAUGGAGUCAGCCUCAAGAGAUUUGUUAUGCAGUCAGUUGUGGGCAAUGUGGUGUCAUUCCGAGUGCACGCUCCGUGCAGCGGUGCCUUCCUGCUCGACAUCUUCGCGAACGCUGUCACUCCAAGGGAAUACCUCACCGGCGAACCAAUGAAGUUCAAGAGUGUCUGCAAAUUUAAGAUUUGUUGUGCGGAACUACAGACUGUGAUGGUACCGCUGCCGGACUGCGCGAGUGGAGAGUGGGGUCCGACUAAAGCCACAAGGCUCUUUGGACUCGUACCUAUAACUCACCAGGAAGCAUUAGUGUUCGCGGGUCGGGAACUAGAAAUUCAAUUCCGAAUGUCGCGCCCACUGGCGGACUUCAUGGCAACACUGCACAAAAAUGGCGUCGACGAAAAACGUUUGUCGAAAUACGUGCAACAAAACGUUUCUGAUGACAUCGUAUCGUUUUAUAUAACUUUUCCGGAGGAGGGUCAAUAUGGGCUCGACAUUUACACCCGUGAGCGUGGAGGACCUACGGCCAUCCACCAGAACGGCUCCACUGAGAAGGAGAAGCACCUCCUAACUCAUUGCUGCAAGUACCUCAUCAACAGCAGUAAAAGGAAUUGAUGACUGCUACAGUAUGCUGCUGACAAUGCCAAUUAUUCUUCCGUCCUAUUCAAACAUUCCUUCCGAUAGGUUUGCGCAACAAGGACAGCCUAAUUAGUAUCUGAAUAUUUGAAUUAAUAUAACGAAUUGUUGAUUUUGAUUAUUAUGUAGUGUUUACAAAUGAUUCUUUUUAAAAAAAAUUCCUCAGGGUAGAAAGAUUCGUCUUUUUAAAAAAAACAUUAUUUAAAACACAAAAUGUUCGACGAUGUUGCCAAUAAAGUCAAUUCACAACUUCCUUUCUAAAAUAGUCAAAGAUAAAUUGAAUAAAAACGUUUAACUUACCCUAUACAUUCCAGUUGGACUGUAGUAAAAGAUUACCUAAUUUAAGAUAACACUAUUCAAUAAAAAAAUCUCACUAAACUACUGACUACUUUACCUGUUAAUAUUGAUGACUGGAAAUAAGGAAUAUUUUUCGAAUUAAAUUACGCCUUCGCAGUCUAAGUCAACAGAUGCCAAAACAUCCUAACCCUUGUUCCAUUUAUUAUUGAAUUGUAAAAUCGUAUUUGAUAUAAAUUAAACUAUGAACUAUAACAAUAUUAUAAUUGUAUACAUAUAGUACUUUCAGCAAAGUCCCCACAAUAGAGCUCUCUCCACGAUCCCAUCACAAAACAUUAUUUACCCUCAAAUGUAAAAAAAAAACAUACCAUACCCACGAAAAUGUAUUGUUAAGUUUAAUUUUUAUAAAUAAAUAAAUAAAAUCUAUAUUAACUUCGCUUUUAUACGAUUCUUUACCCAAAUGUAGAUAAUAUAUAACAUAGAUUAAUCUAGAAAUAAAACACCGUCCUUUAAAGAAAUCAAUUUAUUUUAUAGUAUUUUUUUUUGUAAAAAUGUUUUCUAAGUACCUAACGUCAAGUUGUGUAUUUGCAAUCUAAUUGCUUUUUUAUACAUUUUUAUCGCUUUGUAUAAAAUAGAGUAAGAAUAAUUGUUAAUAUAUAUUUCUUUAUUCCAUUUAAUUAUUUUAUAUUGAUGUAAUAAAUCAAAUUUUUUUAUCAAAAUUAUUAAUUGAAAAUAAUAUUAAUUUCACAAAUCACAAAAUUGUAAUAACUCUCAAUGACUCGAUUAAUUGUAGAUGGCAACAUUUAUUUCUAAAUGUCUCAGAAGAGUUGAGAAAAAAUUAAUUCUGAGAUGUGCAAAACGAAUUAAACAAAACCAUAACAUAUUUAAAUAUGGUAUAACAGCAAUUUGAUGAUUUGCUGUUAAGAAUACAUACUGAAUUUUAUUUCAUUUAUGAAGACGACACCCACUUUACUCAAUUAAAUAAUUAUAUAAACUUCGAUUCUGUAUAAAAAUUGUUUAUAAUCUGUUACACCUUGUCUAUGUUUGGAUGAGCGAGACAACGAUAGCAUUUGAUUAUUUAUUGAAACAUAUAUACAGUUAAGAUAUAGACAGUUAAGAUUGAAUUCUAUUGACGAUGAUGUUAUAUUAAUUGCCAGUUAACUAUGACUAAAAUAUUGAGAUUCCAUAAAAUAUAUAUUGCGGGGUGAAAGGCUUCACUUAAAACGCGACAUUUAUCUUUGUAAUUAAAGGUGCGUUUUAUUUGGUAUUAGCAUCAACAAUUCGAUGUUUUUAGUUGAACUUCAAUUAAGUUUACCUCAUUCAAAUAGCUGAAGAAGUUUUCCAAAUUCUAUACUUUGAAUGGAUCUUCUGUAAAAUUGCAAAAAAUGACGAUUAAACUUUCACCCCUAAAAUGAGUAUUUGAAGUAUAACAUAUAGCAAAGAGACUUCCACGAGUGUUGUUUCAUAUAAAAAUGCAAACAAAAUUAUUAUUCAAUGCAAUAUUAUUUCUAAUUAUAUACCUAACCGCACAAAGCAAAUAACGUAUGUACGUUUAAGGUUUUCUUAAAUAAAAUUACGUUCAACUUUUACAAAUAACCUUUAUGAUUAAAAAGUGAAUAAUUAAUUGUAUGUAAUUAUUAUUUUUUUAAUAAAUAUAUGGCAUGUUACUUU